AUGGCAAAGAAAUAUGAAGGACCUGCUAUUGGAAUUGACCUUGGCACAACCUAUUCAUGUGUCGCUGUAUGGCAGGAACAAAACAACCGAGCUGAGAUAAUUCACAAUGAACAAGGAAACAAAACCACUCCUUCUUUUGUUGCUUUUACUGACUCUCAAAGGUUGAUUGGUGAUGCUGCAAAAAAUCAAGCCGCUUCAAAUCCAGUCAACACUAUCUUUGAUGCAAAGAGGUUGAUUGGAAGGAAAUAUAGUGAUUCUGUUAUUCAAAAUGAUCUACAGUUGUGGCCAUUUAAGGUUGUUUCUGGAAUUGAUGACAACCCUGUGAUUGUUGUUAAUUUCAAAAAUGAAGAAAAGUGCUUUGUUGCCGAGGAGAUUUCAGCGAUGAUUCUUACGAAGAUGAAGGAGAUAGCAGAUAAAUUUUUGGAGUCAAAGGUUAAAGAUGCAGUAAUCACCGUGCCUGCUUAUUUCAAUGACUCUCAGAGAAAAGCCACAAAAGAUGCUGGUGCCAUUUCCGGACUCAAUGUCAUUCGGAUCAUCAAUGAACCUACUGCUGCUGCUCUUGCAUAUGGCCUUCAGAAGAGAGCCAAUUCUGUUGAAGAGAGAAAUAUUUUCGUCUUUGAUCUUGGUGGUGGAACUUUCGAUGUGUCGCUUCUUACCAUCAAGAAAAAUGAAUUUGAUGUUAAGGCUACCGCGGGAGAUACUCAUCUUGGAGGAGAAGACUUUGAUCACAAAAUGGUUAACCACUUCGUGAAGGAGUUCAAGAGGAAACAUAAGAAGGACAUAAGUGGGAUCCCAAAGGCCCUUAGAAGAUUGAGAACCGCUUGCGAGAGGGCUAAAAGGACACUUUCAUUUGACAGCGAGACCGCAAUUGAUAUAGAUGCUAUAUUUGAAGGUAUUGACUUGUGUUCAUCCAUCACUCGUGCUAAGUUUGAGCAACUCAACAUGGAUCUUUUCGAGAAGUGUAUGGAAACAGUUGAAAGUUGUCUUACUGAUGCUAAAAUCGAUAAGAAAAAUAUAGAUGAUGUUGUUCUUGUUGGCGGUAGUUCUAGGAUUCCCAAAGUGAUGCAGCUAUUGCAAGAUUUUUUCAAUGGGAAGGAUCUAUGUUUGAGCAUCAACCCUGAUGAGGCUGUUGCUUAUGGUGCAGCUGUCCAGGCUGCCUUGCUGACCGGUGGCAUAAAGUCUGUUCCAAACUUAGUGCUGCGAGAUGUUAUACCAUUGUCACUUGGUAUAAUGGUAAAAGGAGAUGUCAUGAGUGUAUUGAUUCCGAGAAAUUCUACAAUUCCCGUAAAGAAGAAGCAAAUAUACCAUACAUGUGAAGAUGACCAACCUGGUGUCUCAAUAGACGUUUACGAGGGCGAGAGAAUGGUUGCAAGUGAAAACAACUUGCUUGGUGUAUUUGUACUCAAAGUUCCUCUUGCGCCUCGAGGCCUUCCUGUUAAUGUUUGCUUUUCUAUUGACGCUGACGGUAUAUUAAACGUCUCUGCUGAGGAAGAAACCAGUGGUAAUAAGAAAGCUAUUACGAUAACGAAAGAAAAUGGAAGACUCUCAGCGGAAGAAAUUGAGAGAAUGAUAGAGGAGGCUGAGAAGUUCAAGGCUGAUGAUGUGAAGUUUAUGAAGAAAGUGAAAGCAAUGAAUGUUUUAGAGGAUUAUCUUUAUAACAUGAGGAAAGUAAUAAAGGAUGGUAGUGUUACUUCCAAGCUUAGCUUAACUGAUAAAAUGAAGAUCAAUGCUGCAAUGGUAAAGGGAAAAAUGUUGAUUGAUGAUAAGCAGGACCGAGAAAUGUUUGUGUUUGUCGACUUUUUGAAGGAGCUUGAGAGCAUAUUUGAAUCUGCAUUGAACAAGAUUAACCGAAGUUACUCUGAUGAGGAAAGUGACUCUGAUUGA